CGCAUUUAAAACGAGAAGAAGAAGAACGAGGAAUUGCUAAAGAAGAAGAAGAACGAGGAGUUGCUAAAGAAGAAGAAGAACGAGAAGGAGAGGAAGAGGAGUUGCUAACAAUGGCAGCUAACGCGGAGCUCCGGAUGGAUCAGCUCCCUUCAGACCCGCUGCUGCACGUCUUAUCCUUCCUGGGCUUCAGGGACCUGAUCCAUUGUAGUUUUGUCAGCAGGAGGCUGAACGAGUUGUCCAAACACAACCCGCUGUGGAAGUUUCUCUGCUCCAAACACUGGCUGCUGACCGAUGCGGACCGGCUGCAGAGUGGCGUGUCCUGGUACUUCCUGUUUAGACAGUACUACACAGACCUGGGCCGCUACAUGCAGUACUACCCGGUACUGAAGAGAGCCUGGGAGCAGCUGAAGAGCUUCCUGCAGCUCAAGUGUCCGCGUAUGAUCGCAUCACUCAAAGAGGGCGCCACAGAGGUGGAGCUGAACGACAUCGAGGCUCAGAUCGGCUGCAGACUUCCAGACGACUAUCGCUGCUCAUACCGCAUCCACAAUGGCCAGAAGCUGGUGAUCCCAGGGCUGAUGGGCAGCAUGUCCCUAUCUAACCACUACCGGUCGGAGGUGCUGCUGGAUGUAGAGACUGCAGCAGGCGGGUUCCAGCAGAGGAAGGGAAUGAGGCGCUGCCUGCCGCUCACCUUCUGCUUCCACACCGGGCUGAGCCAGUACAUGGCUCUGGAGCCCGCCGAGGGCCGCAGGAUGUUCGAGAGCUUCUACCCUUGCCCCGAUCAGACAGCUCAGGAUCCUUCAGCCAUCGACAUGUUCAUUACAGGUUCCUGUUUCUUAGAGUGGUUCACAGCGUACGUCCACAAUGUGGUCACCGGAGAAUAUCCCAUAAUCAGAGAUCAGAUCUUCAGGUAUGUCCACGAUAAGGGCUGCGUGGCAACCACCGGAGACAUCACCGUCUCCGUUUCUACCUCCUUCCUGCCCGAGCUGUCCUCCGUCCACCCGCCGCACUUCUUCUUCACCUACCGCAUCAGAAUAGAGAUGGCGAGCGGCGCGUCGCCUGAAGCCGCCUGUCAGCUCGACAGCCGUUACUGGAAGAUCACCACCUCCGAUGGGAACGUGGAGGAAGUGCAGGGUCCCGGCGUGGUCGGAGAGUUUCCCGUCAUGACGCCUGGGAAAGUCCACGAAUACGCCAGCUGCACCACCUUCUCUACACCAUCCGAGUACAUGGAGGGUCACUACACCUUCCACAGACUGGCUAAUAAAGAGGAAGUUUUCCACGUGGCCAUCCCUCGCUUCCACAUGGUCUGCCCGCCAUUCAGAGAGCCGCUGGUCCGAACGCAGAAGGCAGCGAGCAGUUUCACGCCUCGCUUUGGUGACAACGACCACGACGACGAUGGCGAGUACUGCGACGGAGACGGCGACGACUUCGGCGACCUGAGAGGGAUCAACAUGGCCGCCCUGGAGGGAGCGUGGUGCCCCCGACACAUCUGACUCUGCUGUGGUGGCUGCGCGGAAAUCCAAGCAGGGCUGUCAGUUACUCAGGUGUGAUGAUUGACAAUUUAAAAACCUGACUGAUUGACGUGCAGCAGGGGAUUCUGGGACAGUUGGGACAAAACGUCUUUUUAUAAAAAAAAAAAAAAAAAAAGAGAAGUUUUCUUGUUUUCUCGUUAACAUGUGAAUCUGUUGGACUGGUGAAGACGGGACGGUGACAUCAUUGGAUUAUUGGCCACUUAGGUUUACAUGCCAAAUUAGCUGAGUUCCUCGUGGAAUAUAUUUUGCUUGCGUUAAAGGUUUGCGGUCGUUCUGGGAAAAGGGACAGUUCUCAUUUAUUACAGUGUGCCGUGUUUAUGAGGUCAGACGCAGAAGAUAAGCACGUGUUAGCAUCCGUUAGCUACCAGACUCAAGUCACGGAAACACAAUUUUUUUUCUUCCAGAACACAGGAGCCUCCAUCUAUGAAGGAAGGAAAAUGACAUAAGUAGAAAUAAAUGAAUGAAUAAAAAAAUAUAUAUAAAUACAUGCAAAUUUAUAUAUAUUUAUGCAUUUAUUUUAUUCUUUAUUCAGGCAUUUAUGUAUGUAUUUAUACAUUUAUUCCUACAUUUUUUAUUAUAUUUUUUUCCAUUUCCACUUGUAUUUAUUUAUGUAAUAAUUUCCACAUUUACUUAUUUAUAUACCGUUAACCUAAUUUACAUUUUGUAAUUGUUGAAAUAAAUGAAUACAUAAAGUAAAAUUAUAAAAAAAAUAACAAACAUAAAAAAAUUAAUAAAUGUAUAAAUUAUAAAACACGUGGAAAUAAAUAAAUGAAAAUGUAGGAAAAAAAUGAAUGAAUAUAUACCAAAAUAAAGAAUUAAACUAAUGUAAAAAAAUGUUUUGCCUUCAUAUAUUUUUUAUUUCUACAUUUAUUCAUUUAUUUCAACAUAUUCAUGUAUUUAAUUUAUUUCUACACUUAUUUAUCUAUUAAUUUCCACAUUUACCUAUUUAUAUACCGCACAGCUAAUUUACAUUUUUACAUUGUACAUAAAUACAUCAAAAAAUUACUACAUUUAUAAACAUAACUAAUUUCAUUUUAAAUUGUGGAAUAAAUGUGGAAAUAACAAAUAACAAUGUAGAAAUAGAAAAACAUAUAGAAAUCCAAAACAUACCUUUUAUUUUUAUUAUUUAUUUAGGUAUUUCUGUAUAUUCAUUUAUUUCUACAUUUUUCAUGUAUUUAAUCGGUUAUUUCCACAAUUAUUUUUACUUUUCUACCUGUAAUUAUGGAUUUAUAAAUGUAUUUAUUUCUUUUGUAUUCAUGAAUGAAUUUGACAUUUUGACAUUGUUUGGUGACAAAAUCCUUACAGAAAUAAAUGAAUAUAAAAAUAAAUCAUUGUAGAAAUAAAUACAUGAAUUUUUUUUUAAAUAAAUUAACAAAUCAAUGUGGAAAUAACACAACAAAUAAUUGAAAAUGUAGAAAAAAAAUGAAUAUUUUUUUUAUUUAUUUAUAUGUUCAUUCAUUUAUUUAUACUUUCUUGUCAUCUUUCAUCCUUCAUAUCCAUCUGUUAUAGUGAUAGUAUAGUAGGUUUACAUGUGGGGGGGGGCUGCCAGACUCCGUUGACAAAAACACUAAUUUUAGCUCACAGAACUCAGGAGCCUCCAUUUGUUGGUCCGUGUAUCAUAUAUACAGAGUUCACACAGUCAUGGAAAACCUGGAAAAGUCAAAAGUUACUUUCAAAAUCUCAUUUUCCAGACCUGAUGUGACUUUAAUCCCGAAGCUUUGGAAAAGUCAUUGAAAAGUUUGAAAUUUUGUCCCUAAAAAUGUGUGGAACUGUGUGUAUAUCAUCAAAACAAUGUGCCUAUUUUUCUAUAUUGUUUCUAUUGUUAAUUUAUAGUUUCAAAGUUAUCAUAAGUUUAUGCAGGGGGGACUCAAAGCUGACAAAGCUUUAGCUCACAGAACAAAGAAGCCUCCAUCUGUUAGUCUGUGAGAUAUAAUCAUAUAUAUAUAUAUAUAUAUAUAUAUAUAUAGUGUUCACACAGGCAUGAAAAACCUGGAAAAGUCAUGUAAUUCAAAAAAAUCUUGUUUCCAGGCACCCGGCAGAGCUGCAGUGACUUAAAUCCUUGAAAAGUUUUGGAAAAGUCAUUGCAAAGUUUUGAAAUUUUGUCCAUGAAUACGUGUGGGAUCGCUGUAUAUAUUUUUCUAUAUUGUUUCAAUAGUUAGUUUAUAGUUUUAUAGUUACAGUACAGGUGUACAACCACCAGACUCAAUUGACAAAAACAAUAAUUUAAACUUACAGAACACAGCACCUAUCAUACAUGCUGUCUAGGUUACCAGAUAAAAUGGGAAAACGACUUUUAUAAGAAGAGGAAAACUGAAAAAAAGUCACAAUUUGACUGAAAAAGUCAUUUUUGUUUUGCAUUUUUGUUUUCUGUCAGUUAAAAUGACUGUUUUUGUUAAUGAAGUCUGGUGGCUUUGAAGAGAGCAUAGAUAGCUGCUUCACUGCCCAUCAGAAAGAGGAAAAUAUUAAUAUAUAUAAAUAUGUGUUCUGCAUCUGACCUCCAUCUGCGGCAGAUAAACACCUUAUACAACCUAACAAGUUGUUUUCCACUGCAGGAACUUCACAACUUCGACCUUUAGGCGAAACAUUGAAGUUAGACCUUUUGGCUGUUGCUCAUAUUUAAAAAACAAUGUAGUCGUAUUUAAUUUGACACAUUCUACAAAGCUUUUGUCCGAUCACCUUUUAGAUUAUAUUUUUUUGUUUUUUUAUGUGUAUUUAUUUACAUGCAGAUAUGACUCUCCUCCACUGCUUUUAACCCUGUUUAAAAGUAUAUUUUCUUUAAAAAAAAAUAUUGUAGAAAGAAGCUGAAAAAACUGGCAUUUAUCAUGAGAGUUUCCGACAG